CGCGUCCACUGCCGUGCAGACGGUUCAAUUGAUCACGCGUCUUUAACCAGCUUCGUCAUCGGCCCACACAGUUGAACUUGAAGUUUUUACGACAAGUUAUAAUAAUUUUAAAAAUAUAAAAUAAACCUGUGUCUAUUUUCAAAACAUAUUUAAUCAAUUAAAGUCCGCACACAAAGUAAAGAUGCAAUUCAUUUGUUCAAAAAUGCUCCUGUUCCUGGGAGUCUGCAUCCUGUUUCUCCUUCCGGAUGCUUCAGCCGGAAAAAUUAAACUACUGGCUUUUAAGGGACCACACGCCGGAUUUGUGGCUCUCAAGGCUCGUACUCCAAAGUUGCUGGGCUUAAAGAGUGGAUUAGUGGGUGGUGCUGCUGGAUUUGGACUCGGAGCGGCUGUGGGAGCCAAGUUAGGCGCUGGAUUAGCGAGCCAUGGAGGAGGCGGUGGUUUCGGUGGUGGUUACGGCGGAGGACACGGCGGAGGAUACGGCGGAGGCUUCGGAGGUGGCUAUGGAGGUGGCUACGGAGGAAGCAGCGGCUACGAGCACCACGAAUAUCAUCACGAAAGCCAUUACAGCGGAGGAUCCGGAUACGGGGGCGGAGAUGUCGGAGGCGGCCUUUGGGGAAAAUAAGUCUUAUUUAGUGCAAUAAGUGAAAAAUCAUGUGCUUGCCAUUAGAAUCAAACAUUA